AUGUCUAUAACACCUAAAUUCCCACCCACUUUAACAACCGAAGAUCUACUCGAAACUUUUCGUACGAAAUCUACCGUAAAAACUCACUCUUUUUUCGUGUAUAAAAGGGAGUUACGAAAUGAGUAUCUUCGUAACAAUAUUAAUUUGACUAUGAUCGAAUUAUCCAGAUUAGCAAGUCUUUCUUGGAAAGAUGAACCUCCAGAAACAAAAGCUUUUUACAAAAAACUAGCUGAUGAUGCUAAAGCUUCGUAUAAAUCAAAUACGUAUAAAUUCGUUAUGGAUAAACAUAUGAUCAAAAAUAAACAAAAAAGCGGAAAAAUUUUACCUUCGCGAGCUACGGGUGACGCAGACUUUGGUUAUAUUGAUCAAACCGAUCGAUCCGGCACCCCUUUACAGAAUAAGAGUUCGACUAGUAGUCUUCCUAUUGAGGGCUCUUCAGCUUCCCCCGAAUUUUACGAAGAUCCAGGGACGACUUUUGCUGAUGAAGAACUAAUACCCGUAAUUGAUAGACAUAGUCAUGCUACUGGUGACACAGAAUCGUAUAAUUCUGGGGCUCUUUCUCUUGAGGAUCCCGUCAUGAAUUCUUCUGGUAGUAGUUCUACUGCUAAUCCUAAUAAUAUCAACAUGAGUAUAAUCGCUCGCCAACAAUAUAUUUGUUCGCUGGAACGAAUGAAUAAAAAUUUACCUGAUAUACUUGAAUCGACCGAAUAUCCAUGGACGGUUUCUGCUUAUCAAGAACUAAUUUACGAUUUUCAAAUAGUAAUUAAAUCGUAUCAUUCUGGGGCUCUUUCUCUUGAGGAUCCCGUCAUGAAUUCUUCUGGUAAUAGUUCUACUGCUAAUCCUAAUAAUAUCAACAUGAAUAUAAUCGCUCGCCAACAAUUUAUUAAUUCGUUGGAACGAAUGAAUAAAAAUUUACGUGAUAUACUUGAAUCGACCGUAUAUCCAGGGACGAAUUCUGAUUAUCAAGAUCUAAUUUGCGAUAUUCAAAUAGUAAUUAAAUCGUAUCAUUCUGGGGCUCUUUCUCUUGAGGAUCCCGUCAUGAAUUCUUCUGGUAGUAGUUCUACUGCUAAUCCUAAUAAUAUCAACAUGAAGAUAAUUGCUCGCCAACAAUAUAUUUGUUCGUUGGAACGAAUGAAUAAAAAUUUAUGUGAUAUACUUAAAUCGACCGUAUAUCCAGGGACGAAUUCUGAUUAUCAAGAACUAUUUUGCUAUAUUCAAAUAGAAAUUGAAUCGUAUCAUCAUUCUUGGGCUCUUUCUCUUGAGGAUCCCGUCAUGAAUUCUUCUGUUAGUAGUUCUACUGCUAAUCCUAAUAAUAUCAACAAUAUAAUCGUCCGCCAACAAAGAUAUAUUUGUUCCUUGGAACGAAUGAAUAAAGAUUUUUGUGAUUUACUUGAACCGACUAAAUAUGCUGAUCAAACCGAUCAAUCCGGCACCACUUUACAGGAUAUUAGUUCGACUAGUGGUCUUCCUAUUGAGGGCUCUUCAACUUUCCCCGAAUUUUACGCAGAUCCAGAGACGACUUCUGCUGAUAAGAACUAUUUCGCAAUAUUCAAAUAG